AAAAGGAGUAAUUGCAUAUAUCUAGUGCAUAAUUCAUUUGGCUUCUCUUCUUCCUUUUUGAGGUACAUUAAGGUACUCUUUUUGGAGAAAUCAUGAAUGCUUUAGCAGCAACUAAUAGAAAUUUUAAGCUGGCAGCCAGGCUUCUUGGUUUAGACUCAAAGUUGGAACAAAGUCUGCUAAUCCCUUUCAGAGAAAUUAAGGUGGAGUGUACUAUACCGAAGGAUGAUGGCACAUUGGCAUCUUUCGUUGGAUUCAGGGUACAACACGACAAUGCACGAGGGCCUAUGAAAGGCGGAAUCAGAUACCAUCCAGAGGUUGAUCCAGAUGAGGUGAAUGCAUUAGCACAGCUAAUGACAUGGAAGACAGCGGUUGCCAAUAUACCAUAUGGUGGGGCUAAAGGAGGCAUAGGAUGUAGUCCUAGUGACCUGAGUAUCUCUGAGUUGGAACGACUUACUCGAGUAUUUACUCAAAAAAUACAUGACCUAAUCGGAAUUCACACAGAUGUUCCUGCACCAGAUAUGGGAACAAAUCCUCAGACAAUGGCAUGGAUUCUAGAUGAGUACUCAAAAUUUCAUGGUUAUUCACCUGCUGUGGUAACUGGAAAACCUAUUGAUCUCGGUGGAUCUCUAGGCAGAGAUGCAGCUACCGGAAGGGGUGCUCUCUUUGCUACAGAAGCCCUGCUUAAUGAGCACGGCAAGAGUAUUGCUGGUCAGCGUUUUGUUAUACAGGGAUUCGGGAAUGUUGGUUCCUGGGCUGCAAAGCUCAUCCAUGAGCAAGGUGGGAAAGUUGUAGCAGUAAGUGACAUAACAGGUGCCAUAAAGAAUGAGAAGGGAAUCGAUAUAGAAAGCCUUUUCAAACACGUGAAGGAAACUCGUGGAGUUAAAGGUUUCCAUGAUGCACAUCCAAUUGAUGCAAAUUCAAUACUGGUAGAAGACUGUGAUGUUCUUAUCCCAGCUGCCCUCGGUGGAGUAAUCAACAAGGAUAAUGCAAAUGAAAUUAAAGCCAAAUAUAUUAUUGAGGCUGCUAACCAUCCAACUGAUCCAGAUGCUGAUGAGAUUUUGUCUAAGAAAGGAGUUACCAUCCUACCGGAUAUUUAUGCUAACUCGGGUGGUGUCACCGUCAGUUAUUUUGAGUGGGUCCAGAACAUCCAAGGCUUUAUGUGGGAUGAGAAAAAAGUGAAUGAUGAGUUGAAGACAUACAUGACAAGAGGUUUUAAAGAUGUCAAGGAAAUGUGCAAGACUCACAACUGUGAUCUCCGAAUGGGCGCCUUCACCUUAGGUGUUAACCGUGUAGCUAGAGCAACCGUUCUUCGAGGAUGGGAGGCCUGAGAAUGAGGCCCGUGAUGGCUUUUUUCUUUCUCAAAUAAAACUAUGAAAAGCAUGGAGUUCACUUAGUUCUCCAUAUUACUUUCUGCAUUCGACAUAUUUUGGCAGAAGCUUUAUCCAUUUGAUGUACUGGCUUGGACUUCAAUUUUUCGUUUUUCGUUUUCUUUUCUUCUCUUUAAGUCUUGUGAACUGAAGUUCUGCCCAUGGACAAGGUGACUUCUAAAUAGUACUCCUAAUACAAAGCAUUGAAAGAGGCACUUUGCCAUAUUUAUCAGUUAAA